AUGUUGUCGGAACACUGUCAUGUGACGUCGGGAAGCGGAAGUGAAGUCUUCAAGUCAAUUGAGUAUGCCCUCAGAUCAACUUGUUUCAUAAAUUCGGCUCACAUUCUCUCCUCGGCCACUCCAGAAUUGAAUACUAACCUUGAUCUUGUACAAUUCCACAAAUCUUCUUCUGCCCCAGAAACCCCGUUGUUGGAGAUACUAUCGCAAUUGGAUUAUACUGACUUUGACGAGAAUAACUCGGCCAUUUAUCUCCGGGCAGUAUCCGAUAACGCCAGCAUAGAGUUGUCAAAUACCAGUAGUCUCACAUUGAAAAAUUCCAUCCUCAAAAUCGUUGUGAGCGAAUCAGCUUUCCAAAAAGUGCCAAACUUGGCCAACGUGCCCAAUGUUGUAUUGAAAAAGAUCAGAGAGUCAAAGAUAGGCCACGGGUCGAAACAGUUCGUCUCGUAUAAUUAUGAUAUCACGAUCCAGCUUCGGAUAGCUAAUAACCAACUAGCCAUCUUCAGCGAGCUUCAAUAUAUCAUACAGACUAUAUUCAAUGUGUACACAUGUUUAACAGUUUCAACUUUCAAUUUUCCAAUUCAGCUCAUUUCCACUGAAUCUGCAACGGCCGCUAUAUCACAGAUUAAUGCGGACCUUGUAAACUUGCAUCCACUUGGUACUAGCGUCCAGACUUUGGAUUCGGAAGAUACCGCAGAACUCUACGAGUACCUUACUAUGUUGGCUCUGGGAAGCUCACAGUUGAAUACGUAUAACCAUGUGGAGGACUUUAUAAGCUCUUAUCAAGUACCACAGCUUCCGUCGGACUCUCAAUACUCGCACAACCUCGAAAGAUUGACAUUGAAAAACAUUCACUCCAAGUUCUUAAAUCUCUAUAUCAGAGAACAGCCAUGGACUAUAAUCAGUAUCCACUCUGACAACAAGCAUUCUCUUCUCUACAGAAGUCCGGUGGAUGGCCACAUCAUUUUAUGGGAAAUAAAAUAG